UUGAAAUUUGACAGUCGUAAUGCGAUUUUUUACACAGCCACCUCUCUUUCUCUCUCUCUCUCUCUCUCUCUCUCUCUCUCUCUCUCUCUCUCUCUCUAUUUCUCCAUUACGAGUGUGCUAUAGUUCGGCCAUUCUUAAAAGCCUUCGCCCCUCGGCAAGACCCGUGAACACCUUUCAGCAGGACAUACCACCAGAGAUUUGCAAGCGAAAGCGGGGCAGGAAAGGCGGUGUUCGAGCCCGUGUUCGCAGGAGGCCUUCCAAACCGUUCCUCCCGACUAUCAUUACUGGUAAUGCUCGAUCUUUGAACAACAAACUUGACAAACUAAGGGCUAAUGUGAGACAUCUGCAUGAAUAUAGAGAAGCCUCCAUUCUAUGCUUCUCAGAGACCUGGUUCACUGAAGACACCACCAAUGCUAGUGUAGACCUAAAAAGGUUCAAUGUUUUUCGUACAGACAGGAAUAGCUUCUUAAAUAAAAGUCAUGGUGGAGGUGUGUGUGCGUACAUUAACGAUCGAUGGUGCCACCCCAAUAACAUACAGGUAGUACACCAGUCCUGUUCUCCCCAUGUGGAAGUUCUCACUUUACAGCUACGUCUGUUCUAUCUACCCCGUGAGUUCCCAAGUAUAUUUAUGAAUGUUGUGUAUAUUCCUCCACUCGCCAACGUCCCAAUUGCCACCGAUACUCUAUCCGACCUCAUUCACAACCAAACUACAAAAUCUCCUGACGCAGCUAUUUUUACUACCGGUGACUUCAACAGCUGUACUCUUAACGCCGCCCUACCCAACUUGACCCAG